AGAGGCUCCGGGGCGCCGUUCAAACCGUCCGGUAGCAGUUGCCCUCCUGCUUGGCGUCGCUCGCCAUCGCCUUCGCCUCGCUUGGUCCGGGCGCGCUAUGGAGGGCCGGGUGGUGUCUCCGGGUCCCUACCGAGCCACCAAGCUAGUAAGCGGGGCGGAGAAAGCGGCGAGGGAGGGACUCGCCCCGGGGCGAUGAAUGCAGAGCGGCGCAUUAGCUAGCAAGCCCGGAGUGCGCGGUUGGGGCGGCUUCACACGUGACACAGUUCGCGUGUCUGCUUGUCUUCGUGUCUGUUUUGUUCUUUAAUAAGAACUUUUUCUUUUUUAAGGUUGCCUUUUGGGGCCCCGAAAGAGCUUCUCUCCCCCCCCCCCAUCCUUUCCAGGUGCUUGAAACCAAUAAAAACACACACAAUGAAACAAAAUUAAACCCAAAGAAAAUAGAGAAAACCUUCAGACUGGGCAGGGGGUGGGGGCAGUUUGUGGGGUGGGGGUGGGGUUCUACCAGUUUAAAAGCCAUCAGGGAUGUGGUUUGUUUUAAUUUCUUUUUGCACGCUACAGUCAUGGCAUGCAGAGGUUUUUCUCUUCCUUGUCCACAUGCUAGUAAGCAGCAACUGGCUUCUUUGCCCAAGGACACCAGGGAUGGGGAAAUUGUGAUCCCCCAGAUGAUAUUGGAUUGUGCGGUCCCAGCCAGCAUAACAAGUGGUCGGGGAUAAUGGGAGUUGUAGUCCAAUAAGAUAUGGAGGGUCACAGUUUAUUGAUUCCCCGUGGACAUGGGGUGUAAAGUCCUCCAUGUGUGAUUGCUACAUGCAGCACUACCCAGAAGUGGUUUCUAUUUAGGGCCACGAAAGAUGUUUAGAAAAUUAUCCAGUGCCACACUGGUGAAGCUGGUAUUUUUAAUUUGGUUUGCCCUUUUGCCUAGAAGUGCAUGUUUAACAUCAUACACAAAGUGGUUACUACUCCAUGUUAGAAUCUAUGGAUUAACACCUGUAAGUAUGCAUUGACAGGUGCUAACUGCUCUUAAGGGGCCUUGAAUAUGUUUAGUGGUUAAUGAAUAUGUGAUUCGUGGUGGCAGGACAAAACAUUUGCCUAUAUUGAGGAAGCCGUGGAGUGAUCAUAUGACUCCUCCUUUGCACACCUGCAGAUUCCACACUUCACAGCACUGCCGUGUGUAAUCAGCCCUUUGUUAAUACCCUUCUAGCUAAGGAGGAAUGUUACUACAUUUUCAAUUGCCAUUAUGGCUGAAAUGAGGAUUCUGACAUGCAUUAAUUCCUUGAUAAACAGCACAGGGUUUGUGGUAUAUUUGGGCGUUGGUGCAUUAUGUGAUGGAUAACUUAUUGUUUCAUUACCAAUUCCAAACUGCAGCUUCUGCUUAGCUUAUUCUUGUUGUUUUUUAAAACCUAAAUUUCACUUCUGCCUUGUAGUGGAAUGAAGUUACUAAAUAUUUUCGGGCAGAAAUGCCACGAAGGAAACACAGGCAACACUUCAAAAAAUAUGGGAAUUGUUUUACUGCAACAGAAGCAGUCGACUGGCUUCAUGAAUUACUGAAGAAUAACAGUAAUUUUGGUCCAGAAGUUACUAGGCAGCAAACUAUUCAGCUGUUAAGGAAAUUUCUCAAAAAUCAUGUGAUAGAGGAUAUAAAAGGAAGAUGGGGCUCAGAGAAUCUAGAUGACAACCAUAACUUGUUCAGGUAAUAUAUAACCAUAUUGAUAGAACUGGGAAAAAUGGGUUGACUGGAUGCAAAAGUCCUUUUGAUUUCCCCUGUUUCAUGUGUUACUACCAAAAAUAAUGAGGUUUUAAUUUAUUCAGUUUCCACCUUUGAGUAACAUGGAAUUGAAAAUUAGCUGUAACAUAAGACCAGCAUCUAGUAGUAUGAUAUAAUAUGCACUAGGCUUGUGCCAAACUGCUUGGGAAACUGGGCUUACUUUAUCCUGUUCAUACAACGAAAGAAUUCUUCUUCCUACGUUUCAGUACUUGUAUGUGACAUGUAUCCAUUACCUUAAUGAAAAUUGUUGACUUUUAUACUGUAAGUGUUUUUGAGUGAUGAACACUUUCCCAAAUACUUUGAAAUGCAAACUGUGUUUCAAAAUAGUCUGUGACGCUUCAAUGUUGAGCUUUUGUGUUUUAAAAUUACAGGUUUCCUUCAGUUUCCCCAGUGAAAAUUCUGCCACGUCGGUAUCCGUUGAGUGAGAGCACAGAUAAUAUUUCUAAACAGACAGAAAAGACAUUUAAGUUACCACAUUUCUCCAGAAGAACACCCAAAAAAUAUGAAUUCCGGGAAUGUAAGGUAAUAGGUUAUUUCUGACUCUGAUUCUAUGACUCAUUAUGCACACUUACCUGGGAGUAAACCCAUGGAACACAGACCUGCUUCUGAGUAUUUAUUUAUUAGAUUUCUAUCUCUCCAAGGAGCUCAGUGUAGCAGCAUACAUGGUUCCCCUCUUCUCCAUUUUAUUCUCACAACAACCCUGUGACGUAGGCUAAGCUAAGAGAUGGCAACUGACCCAAGGUCACCCAGUGAGCUUCAUGGCUGAGUGGGAAUUUGAACCCAACUCCAGACCAAUGACCAUGCUGGCUGGAGCUGAUGAACACGGUAGUCCAACAGCAUCUGGGAAAGCUACAAGUUGCCCACUACUACAUUAUGGUGUUGCAGGAUUGCUGUAAACAUUGUGGGAACAGCUAACUGAUGAGCAAUUGUGGGAACAUCCAUUAGCGGUCUUCUGGCUUCCAGACUCCUGGAAGGAUGGGGGUGGAGAACGGUUGUUAUGAGACAGUAUGACUCUCCCAACUCUUGAGUAAAAGUCUUGACUAUACAUAUUUAUAAUGCCUUUUAUUAUGGCUGCUUUGUAGGAGAACACAGAAAAUGUGAAAAGUGAAAUGAUGGAAGAGGACAGGAAAAAUAUGUGCAUCAGACAAAUAACCCAAGCAGACAUAGACGAAGUUUGGAGAAACACGGUUGUGAUACAGUGAGUGACAAAUGGUCUUCUUCACUCCUCUCAUUUCCCAAUGUGCCUAAGGAUCGAAUCGUUAACUUCUUGGGCAAAGAUCAUUGUAGUGGUCCUGAUGGUCAGCUGAGGUUCUCAAAGCAUUCUGUUGGGAGAAGCCUCCUUUUAAGUUGUAUAUUUUAUUGCUGGCAGAGCAUUUUGAGUACAGUCGUACCUUGGUUUUUCAAAUGCCUUGGGAGUCGAACGUUUCGGCUCCCGAACGAUCGAAAACCAGAAGUGAUUGUUCUGGUUUUCGAACAUUCUUUGGAAACCAAACAUCUGACGCAGCUUCCAAUUGGCUGCAGGAGUUUCCUGCAGCCAAUUGGAAGCUGCGCCUUGGUUCUCAAACGUUUUGGAAGUCAAACGGACUUCCGGAACGGAUUCCAUUUGACUUCCAAGGUACCACUGUACUGGAAACUUUGAGCUUAGCAAGCUUAUACACCAAAUUGAAUUAAAAUAUUAGCAUUUCUAAAGAGCACUAGUCCUACUAAAACAUAAAAAGUGCAUGGAUUAUUGUAGUAGCUUAAGCUGGGAAGAAGAGUUAUUUCUUCUAGGGAAGAAUGUGUGUGCUUUGUCUCUGGCCCUGUUUAUAUUUUAAUGAUAAGCUCCUCUGGUUAAUUUCUUUUAAAACCUAUUUUUAAUGGGUAAUGAAGAUAGCUUGUUUAACUAACUACAGUUUGCUUUACUCCAUCUCUGGUUCAUAUGUAAUACCAAGCCAGGUUUUGUGAAAACCAAAACUAAACUCAGCCAAACUCCUCCUGGCUGCAUAGCUGAUAAUGAGCAGAGGGAGGAGUGUGUGAGCCCAAAACUCACAGCAGCUCAUGCAAAUAGUGGUAAAUCAUAGUUAAGCAUUACUUAUGAACACGGCUUCUGUGAUACUUCAUGGAACUUCUGUUGGACUUUUGAAGAUGCCCGGUCUCUAGUGUCCUUGUCCUUUACCUGUCUGCACUUAACAGAUUUAUCCUUGCUUGUUAUGAUGCCUUAGACACCACAGGAAAAUUCAUUUCGAACUAGGCACUAAAGUGGAUUUACAUGCCCCCCCCUCUUCCCCUAUACUAUGAUUUAUUUACUGUGAUCACCCAGUGGUGAAGUUUUCAUGAAAGCUUGGUUUUGAUUUGCAGGCAGUAACAUUAAGAACACAGUAAAACGAUAUGCUUAUCAUUUCAGAGAUGUUUGAACAUCAAUAUAUAUUGAAUCCUUUUGCAAGCCUGUUUUCUUUAGAGACCCCCCAAAGUGAUGUGCUCAGUUCUGGAAUUAUCUGGUGUUGUGUUUUUUUCCUCCUUGCAGUUUGCAAACUAUUUUAGGCAUGCCAUCACUCAACGAAGUAUUGCACCCUGCACAAAUAGUUCCUCGGUACAUAAUAUACAACAUGACUAAUACAAGUAAACGUGGUGUUGUUCUUCUGCAAGACAAAUCAGGCAAGUCCUGUACAAUUAUUUGAAAACCUGAUUUCCACCCCACACCCUUCAAAUAUUACGGAAAGUGCAGCAUUUCUCCUGUCUGGUAAUUUAACAUUGGCAUUAAAAUCUAAUAAUUAAAAUCUAAUAAUUAAUUAAUUAAUAAAGCCCUCAGUAAUUUGAAAGAUAUAUGCCUCCUUUCCUACAGGCCCUCCCAGAUGCUAAGAUCAGCAGAGGGGGCUCUCUUGGUAGUUUCCCCUCCCUCAGAAGUUUCCGGGGUGCCCUGGGAGAGGGCAUUCUCUGUGGAAGCCCUAAGUUGUGGAAUUCCCUCCCCAUGGGGGGGGCGGUGCCUGGCUUCUUCACUAUUCCGCUUUCAGUGAAUUUUGAAGAUGUGCCCGACCUUUGACACCUGAGACGUUUGUUUUCAGAGCCUCGCCCCCUGUUUUGUGUGAUUGUGAUCUGUUUUAACUGUUUCAAGUUUUUAAUUGUAACCCGCCCCGGGAUGUGCUAGUGAAAGGCGGGUGAUAAAUGCAAUCAUAAUAAUUUCAGCAGAACUUCAAUGUAAAUAUGCUUCAUUAUCACAACCUAGCACAAGGGAAGAAGGAGCAAAGGGGAAGUCUAGAACUUUUCCUUCUUCUCAAACUACAUGUUUUAAAACCGGUUAUGUCAGCUAAGGGUUAGCUAGUGUGAUGCAGUGACUAGAAAAUUAACCAUGAAGCUUUUUUAGAAUGUGACCUUGAGCAGCUGGUAACUCUUGUUGUAAUUCCCAGCUAUGUCUCAUGGGUAGCAUGAGGGUUAAAGUGAGAUGUUAUAUCUUCCAGAAUAUGCCCUUAGAUGAUGGAUGAAACAGGACAAAUAGAAAGAAUAUGUGAAGUCUUAAGAAUAAUAAUGGGAACUGGUUAAUUUGUCUCUUCCUUCCUCUACCCCCUUCCUUGCAGAAGACCUCCCUCACUGGGUACUGUCAGCUAUGAAGUGCUUGGCAAACUGUAAGUUAGACACACAUUGUUUGAAAUGUCAGGUGCUAAAAUAGAAAUGGAAAACAGAAUAGAAAUACCAAUACUACAUUGGUGACAUCUGCUGGGCUCUUAUUUAUUCUGGGCUUCCAAUAAUCUGAUUUUUAGAAUAUUUUAUGAGAUAAGUGAAAUUAAGGCCGAAAAAAGAGCAAAAUAGUAACACUGUAAUUCCAUAAAUGCACCACAAAUUUGUGCCUGAUCUGUACAAUGGCAGUUCUUAAAAUAAUUGCUGUGUUACGUCUUGUCAGGGGGCCAUCCACCACCAUACCCCAGCCAGAAUAACUAACUAACUUUAUUUUUGCCACUCAGGAAGAUAAUUCCAUUUGCAUUAUUAUGUAUAAUGAUGGUUAUGGCCGAAAUCCUAACUCCUGCCGUCAGGGCUUUUCAGAGCAGCAGAGUGGCUGCCACAUCCACACACCAGCCACUCACUGAAUACAGAAUGGGGGGAGGAGGCUUGUACCCCAUCCAUGUACCAGCUGCAGCAAUUGGGCCCAAUCCUAGGCUGGCUCCCCUUUGAGAAUGCCUGUUUCUGAGCUUUAUACUGCUGGAGAUCCUGCCUGCUAACCCCUACCAUAAAGGGGGUUGGAGUCCUCUGCCCCAUAAGAUCUCUCUCUCUCUCUCUCUCUCACACACACACAGCUCUUUGUGCUGUUUCGUGUUGUAAAUUUUUGAAGAGUCAAGUUCAGUGUUACUGAGAUUUAUUUCCUUUUGUAUUUUAGGGCCUAGAAGCAAUGGCAUGAGCCAGCCAAUGUACAUGGGCUUUGAACGAGAUGUAUUCAAAACAGUUGCCGACUAUUUUCUUAGUAUUCCUGAACCUUUGCUUACAUUUCAGUACUAUGAGUUAUUUGUGAAUAUACUGGGUACGUAUUCCUCUAGUUCUGAGGCACCCCAAACUUUAAUGGGCAUUUGAGAAGAUGGACUAAGACGCCAUGUGUCUGAGCGAAAUCACUUGGUUUUCACUUGGAAAUCACUUAUUUUCAGAGUGAACUCUGGCUGCCUUAAUAGGACACGUAAUUUAUUAUAAAUUUUAACAGCUUGGUUUUCUGUUCUUAGUCUUUGCACUGAAUGCUGAACACAGACUGGCUUGUUAUGUGUCCUUAGUCUUGCAUAUCUGAGCUAUCUGUUGCACUUAUGUUUUUGAAUAUCCUCUGACUGAGCAAGUGUUCUUUUCAACAUGACUAACAUUUCUGACUUAACUUUUCUGACUUGUGUUGCUUGUCUUGUUGCCCUGUCACAUCGCCUGCAUCUGAACUUGUAUUUCAUUUUCUGAUAGUUUUGUGUGGCUACAUCGCAGUUCCAAAUAGAUCCAGUGGAAAAUCUAGUGCACGGAAUGACUUGACUCUUUCAAAAACUCCACCCUUAAACUCUUUCAAGUCAACCGAAUGCCUUCUGCUAAGUUUGCUCAAGACUGGCGAAAAGGACAAAGCUGAGGCUUCCAAAACAGUUUCUGUAAAGUGUACAGCUGAAAAGGGACAUGAUAAAAAGUUGCAGCAUGAUAGUUUGCCUUGUGAACAUGCCACCAUUCAUGAACUAGCAGGUGGAAGUUGUCAGGACCUUUCAAGACUGAAAAAUGAACAAGCUGUGCCUCUCAAACUUAAGGCAAGGUGUUACUCUUUGGAGGGAAUUGCAGAUACCGCCUCAGGCAAGUGUAGUAAAGACGGACUAAAAACACUUUCUGAAACUGGAGUUCAUAUACCGUUCUCAAGUAAUGGAGACCAGCUGUUUCACUCUGCACGUAAUCCAGACUGUUUCUUGGAUCUUUGUUCAGAUGUCGCUGGCCCAAAACAAACAUGUGGCUUCAAGAGAGUUUCUGCAGCCAGUAUUCCAGACCAAGAGCUAUCUAGUGGUAACUACAAAUCAAAGCAACUUUGCAGAUCUCGUAGUUUACGUGGAAAUAGCAGCUCUAGCUGGUGUGGUGCCCAUGUUCCAGUUGCAGAGAUCACGGUGAAACCACAUCCUUUGGGCCAUCUGGGCCAAAAAACCCAAAGCACCACUACACUGGUUACUAAAAUAGGAAAUAAACCUGGGAAUUCUGAUAUGGCCAUCAGUAAAAGACUAUGCAAAAGUGCAACACAACUUUCAGAAAACACGCUUCCCCCCAGCACCCUUAUGUUGACUGGCACAAGUAAGAUUGCUUUCCUGAGCAUGGGAUUUAUUUAUUUAUAUUUACUAACUAGUUUGUUUUUCUGCCUUUUUUUUUCCCUUUGCACAAACCCCAAGGUUUUAAAUGACUAAACAUAUUCAACAAGAUUUGUCACAACGGUUCCUAGGGCCUUUGAGGUUCAGUAAUUUUUAAAAACUAAUAUUUUGCCAUGCAAGCAUCAGUAUUUUCUGUAGUGCAUGCUAAUGCCAAGUAUGUGUGCUCUUCUGUCAAUGCUGUUAUAUUUGUGUAAUUCAGCAUAUUUGUAACCCACGUAGCUACUGGGCAACUCUUCCAAACAACAUAUAGAGAAAAGAGAGAAGCUGCUGUUGGGCACGGACUGCUAAAUCACUCGUCUAGUCUCUAAACUUCUAAACAACCAGCUAGACGUUUUUAUGUAACUGGACUUUAGCACACUUCGGUGUUAAAAUAAUAACGUUUCGUUUUCAUUUGCUCUUCACCUGUAUUGCUGGAGCAAAAUGAAGCGACUUCAGGAUCUUAGCACAAAAGUCUAGGAUAGAGCACAUAACUAACUUCUUAACUGAAGUAGAAUCAAUUACCGUAAAACUAUUACUUUGUGUUAUGCAGGGAAAUUAACGUGCAGGAUUGCUAAUUCUGCUUUUGAUACAGUUACUGAGAAUAAUGUCUGUCCCCAAUUUUUAAUUUGCUAGAGAUGCUCCAAUCUCAUUUAGAAAGAGUUGCUAUUGAAGCACUGCAGAUCUGCUGCUUAUUGCUUCCUCCAUCAAAUCGCAGAAAACUUCAACUCUUGAUGCGUAUGAUCUCUCGAAUAUGUGAAAAUGUUGAUAUGCCACGACUUCAUGAUGCAGUUGGCACCAGGUCUUUGGUAAGAUGCGUUGCUUUCCAAUUUUUUCUUAAGUUGUUCCAUUGUACAACUGAAAUUUUAGGCUUCCAAUGUUAUCAGUCUUCCCUUCUGUGCCAUUGUUACUGUUAAGGGGAUAUGUCUUGGGAAGGAACAUGAUACCACAUUCUUUCCCAAAUAAUUGCCACAAUACAAUUCUUUUGUUUCCUAACCAGUUUGUUUAAAUGUUUCCAGAUGAUACAGACAUUUUCUCGAUGUAUAUUGUGUUGUGAAGAAGAAGUUGAUCUUGAUGAGUUGCUUGCCAUAAGAUUAGUAUCCUUUCUAAUGGAUCAUCACCAAGAAAUUCUGGAAGUCCCGAUUUACUUACAAGUGGCCGUACAAGAACACUUAGAAAUUUUAAAAACUACUCAGGUGAGGGAAAAGGUUGAAGCAUGCCUUUCAUGCUUCAAACAGAAACUCUUAUGAGUCAGAGAUCUUAACUCCUGAGCUUGCUGUCUUUUUUCUCAGCCUGGAUCUUGGGACACAUUAGUUAACUAUUUAAGGCUCCUACUUAAAAUGCAGAACUUGACAUUUCUUGCCCCUUAAACUUAAGGAUGUUUUGCAUCCUUGAGGUACUAUUCUUCCCAUAUCUUCAGGCAAUUGUAAUAGUUUGGCUCCUAGCAAAGAUUCUGUAGAAAUCAUUUGGUUGCUUUCUGGCUAUUACAGCGGUGCCUUGGUUGUCAAACUUAAUCCAUUCCGGGAGUCAGUUCGACGCCUGGUACCGUUCGAAAACCGAGGCACGUCUUCCGAUUGGCUGCAGGAGCUUCCUGCACUCAGUCAGAAGCCGAGGAAGCCGCGUCGGAUGUUCAGCUGCCGAAAAAUGUUCACAAACCAGAACACUUACUUCCAGGUUUGCAGCGUUCAGGAGCCAAGCUGUUCUACAACCCAGGUACCACUGUACUCAGUUUGGUCUUCAGGGAAUUCCAUGGACUUCCAGACCUGAUUAUUAAUUGGCAGGAAUCAAAUUUUCAUUCUGUUACUUCAUACUAUAACUGUUCUCUGCACUAUAAUUCUGAGUCCAAUGGCCCUGGGUACUUCUGUGGUUUCAGAAAAUUGGGUCAUAUUUUUAUCAUACUUUGAUUCCAUUGUUCAUUGGUAUCUUACCCUUUGGGAGUUUCAGCCUCUAUAAGUAGGUCAGUAUUAUUAUUAUUAUUAUUAUUAUUAUUAUUAUUAUCAUCAUCAUCAUCAUCAUCAUCAUCCACAUAUGACAGAUAGAGAGAGGGCUGAGAGAAUCCUGGUUUGAAACCCAUUCAGUGCAUCCCUGGCUUAGAUUGGAACUGGGAGCGUCAGACUGAGAGCACUUGCUGUUUAACAGAUGCACUAAACCAACUCUGUGUAAAAUGCCUGGAACUUGACAUUAUCUUUGUUUGCAGAUGGAGUGCCUAGGGGAAGAACUGAGCACCAUAUUUCCAACUUACUCCUACUGCGAGAGGAUAACUUCUCAGGAAUUUGAUGCACAAAAGAUUUUUACCUCUCAGGCAGCAGUUGCUGAGCUUCUGGAAAGCAUCAUUAAGGACAGAAAAUUAAGUGUGAAAGACAAGAAGAAGAAGCUUAAGCAGGUAAUAGAAGAUGUUAAACCUGCAUCAACAUUAUUUGUGAAGCAGGUAGCCAUUUAGUUUUCAGAACUGACAGUUAAGUUGCCUCUGGCAAUCUCAUUUAGAUGAAAAUUGUCUGCCUGGAAAUGGGUGCUUGCAGUGUGAAGAACAAAGGGAUCUGUUCAGCGGCAUCUUUUCUUUUUCCUUUUAAAAAAGCUGCAUCUGUUUCUGAAGCCUGCUACAGCCCCAUCACUGCUGCCUCUUCUGCUGUAGUGGUGAAAACAAGGCUUGUACCGCAAAGGUUUGAGUGGCACCUUAGGUCCGGCAAGUCGGGCAAAGAUAUAACAGCUCUGGUUGCUACUUUAAUCUUGCUGCUAAUUAGCAUUCUGCUUAGGCACUUAUCUGUGUUAAGCAGAUGUCCCUAUGGUACACCAGAACUUCUGCUGAGGUGUAGGUGGCUGCUCUUCUCAAUCUCCAAAAUUCGCCCCCAUCCCAGCUGUGAUGAACAGGGACUUUCUAGUGCUACAGUGUUCGUUGUGCCAGCUGCUUUGCCAGUGCAAAUGCGACUGUGUUGUAACUCCAUAAUGGGAGGACAUGGCAUUCUUUUAUGGGAUUGAAAUCCCUGGCUACAGCAUGCAGAAUCAUAUUUAGCCCAUCUCAAGAUGUCUGGCUGAAUGGCAAUGCAUUUUGCAAACUAGGGGUGUGUGGUGGUGGGGAUUCUUUUCGUUUUUUUAAUGGAUAAAGAGCAAGUCUGCAGUAGAGAUUUAUCCCUCCUUCACCAGCCGAAUCCUAUGCAUGUUGGCUUGGAAAUAAAUGCCACUGUCCAAUAUGAUUUGCUCUCCAAUUAGUCUUCAAAGGAUUUCAGGCUUAAAGGGUUAAUGGUGGACAUGCUGUUUUUGCAAUUGGUCUCUGCUUUGAUAUUACUAGUACUCUAAAAUGACACAUAACACCCCUGCAAUUGUUAUGAAAAAGUGCAUGCUAGGUUGAAUAAGUAGGGGUUCCCCUCCCCCCUCAGUAAGUGUUUAGUUUGGUUUAUUCAAGGUCACCUGACACACAAUUUACUGUAAUCUACUUUUGGGUAAAGUACAAUAUCUUUGGAAGCUUAAUACAGAGGAUUUCUGUUCUCCUGCAGAAACCUUUGAGUUUGUUUGUUUUUCCUGGACAAACCCCCUACACAAAAUUGUACUUGUCCCAGAACUUUUUAAGUCUUAUGACUGGAGUCCAGCUCUAAAGCAAGCAGCUUUUAAAUCACCAAGUUGUUGUUACUAUUCUCUGUACUCUCUUGUAGUAAUGGAGACUUUGUUGGGCUUAAAUUGUUUCUUAAAUUCAGCCAAAAGGACAUCAUGGCGUUUUAAAGUUCCUACUCUGUAGCUAGCUGGUUGCCAGUGAAAGAAUUGUUUCAUUCUGGAUAGCAAGAAGUCUUCAGCCAGUAUUUUGUAGCAAAGUAGAAUGUUAAAAUUGAAUAAAUAAAAUAAAUAGAAAAUAAAACAAACUUGGCCACCUCCCUGCUCACCCCUGACUGUCUUUAUAAGAGUUCUUACUUGGUUGUAGCACUGUGUUUGUUUUUUGUAACUUCAGUAUGACUAACAUGGCAACUUGUUCCUCAGUUUCAGAAAGAGUAUCCCGAGAUCUAUCGAAACAGAUUUCCAACCACAGAAAGUGAAGCCAUCCUGUUUGAAGACAGGCCCACAAUUAAGCAGCCAAUGCUCAGCCUGCGAAAGCCAAAGCUUCGUACCCUGAGAAGUUAAUUUUAUGUCUUUUGACGAAUCUGAUGUUUGUAAAGCCAUUUUGCUUGGAAAACAAAUAUUAGCCACAUUUAAGUGAGCGAGUAUACAAAAAUGUGAAUUUGUUGAACUGUGCUAAAAUAGGUUGGGCCCCAGGGUUCCCUUGUCAUACCUAAAGUCUGGAAAUGACGACAUUGAUGUUUACAAAAGAAACCAACCAAUGUAAAUAGAUAAUAUUUGUGUGUGAGUGGAGUUGGGUGAAAUGAAGGGUAACCAAAAAUGUACAGAUACCAAUAGCCAAAAAGAAAGAGAUGGUGGAGUUGGUAGAAUUGAGAAUGCAUGCUAUAACCCAUUCCAAGAAAUGGGGCAUACUUUUACCUCAGUAAGCUGGUGUUUGUGUUAAUUUUCAAGAAGUACUGCAUUUUUAUUUUUAUUUAGAAAUUGUAAGUAGAAAAGUAGAGGAUUUAUUAUUAUUUUUUGAGUGAAAGCAAUAGGUUUGCAAGCAACUUGAUUCGACAGCUUUUACUUUUCAAUUUGCACUUACCGUGUAUGUUGGUCGUCUGUUGUCUUGAAACUUUGCAUGGUCCACUGUCGACCAAGAAGAGGCAGGAGAACAAGGAGGCAUGGAACAUGUGUCACAGUGUUAAACAGAAGAGAGUGAUGGAAAGCUGAUCAUCUUUGCACAAAUCCAGCCUUUCAUAGAAAAAGGCUUCAACAGCCAUAAAGAAGUAAUUAAAAGCCUUGCUUUCAAUGGUUCGAAGUGUGUUACAUUUGCAGUCCUGGAAUAUUUGGAAAUACGUGGUUAAUGGGUCACUGGUCCCAUUGUGUUGAGUUUUUCUUCCCAUGCUGUCUUGGUUCUCUUUCUUUCCAUUUAGGCCAGUAAAUUGGAUCCAUGCGAGAAGAGCAAUCCUAAGUGGGAUGAGAUGGAGAGUUACGUAGCAGGCAAUCUCCACUUCCAAAUCCCUACCAGCUUGCUCUGGCCAUGUUGGGAGUUGGAAGGUGUUGCUACCAUCACCCUUCCAUACUGACAGGCUUGGUUUUGUUUUUAAAACCUUUCCUCCCGCCUGUUUCAAUGGGAGGGAAAUUAAUUAUGGCAGGUUCAAGCUAGCAUCAGUAGGUAGCCCAGUAUGUUGACUGUACAAGUGAAGGGGGUUGAAUGCAGUAGAUCAAAGGUCACCCCCAGUUGAUCCCACCACAAAUGGGAAAAACAAUGGCCGUACUGCUUCCAUGGCUCCUGGGGGCUUAGAGGGGCCUCUUAGGGAGAUGGGAUGUCCAGUCAGCAGAGCACUUCUCCAGUGGAAAAGGCACACUUCCAUCCUAUCCCCCUUCCCCCGCCGGCCUUCGGCAAGGGUUAAAUUCAACUAGUUUUCAGGGGAAAUCUUAAGUCAUCACUAAUAUAAUUUAAGUGGGACCUAAGUGCAACUAAGGUUACUCUGGAUCCAAUCCAUUCUGUGUUGUAGUAAGACUACACUGCCCAGAUUCUUUUCACCUCUCCUUUUCUUUUUAUGUUUAUCUGUUGUAAAUGUUUUGUGUUUACAGCAUGUAUCUGUCAAUAUUUAAUUGAUUUUAUAUUUUUAAAAUAUCUGUCAGAGGAAGCUUGUUGAAUAAAAUGACAUAAUGUUGG